AUGCCUCCUUUAAAGAUACAGCAGCACAAAUCAAUCAAUAUCGCACAAGAGGACCAUUAUGAACUCAAGGUCAUCAAUCUCACCCUUGAUGCUCAGCAGCAGAGUGAAAUCCUCAACUACUGCAUGGCGAAAAUUAUCAAGAUCGGAGGUGUCAUCCGUGAACAAUGGCUGCCAAUACCACGCGGAAUUCAGUUGAAGCCGCUGCCCAAGGACACUGAACUUCCCAUACACCAAUGCAUCAGGCCGAACUUCGAUGGCGUUCUGGGUAUGAUGCUCUUUACUCUCCCAUUCGACGAGGGCAAUGUGAUGGCACUUGAAGACCUCGUGCCAGAAAAAUACGAGAAACAAGUCUUCCUUCGCUUCUGGGAAGCAAGCAGAGACGAAGAACACGAUGAUCAGUGGAGGCUGAAUGACCCUGAAUACAUUGCGAGAUGGUUUCAGAUUGAGAGGAAAUAUGCGGAUACGCCAUGGUUGAGGAGGUUCCAGGACAUCAAGUUCAAGCAUACAUUGUAG